UAACGAUGACACACAAACACAACUCCUCCUAUAUCUCCAUUCAGUUCCACUGCCGGAGGAAGCCGCUGUGCAGGGAGCUGUUAUAGCAGGUGAUCGCCCUUAUUUGGUAAUGGCCCAGAUCAUGUGACCACAAAAUGGUGGAAGCUGUGAGCUGUGUGUAAGCUGAGCAUCUCCAUCGAGAGGCUGGGAGAAAAGGAAAUAGGCAGGGAACUUGGAAGUACAUCCAUGCUCUGAGACGCAGGAGGACAGAGAUUCCCGAGCCCCAGCAGUGGUCCUCGUGGGGAUGGAGCUGGCAUCAGAGAGUAAAAUGAACUCUGAGGGGGCGAAGGCAGACCAGUCCCGCCUACCUCUCUUCCCCCUGCAAGGAGGUCCCAGCCAAAGAAAAAAGCUCUCUGCCCCUCGAAUCAGCCUGUCCCUGGACCAGAGCGAAGAUGACCUGGGGAGAACGCCAGAUGAUCUCGAAUUAAUUGUCGAUGACCUGGACACUCCUGACGAGGGGGAUUACCUCGACUACACGGAACCACGAAAUGACUGGGAGGUGGACCCCAAUGCAGCCAAUAGGAGCGGAACAAGCGAGUCCUACAAUCCAAUCCCGACAUACAGCGCUGAGGAGGAGCGCCAGGAUGGCAAACUAUGGAGGACGGUGGUCAUUGGGGAGCAGGAGCACCGCAUCAACAUGAAGAUCAUCGAGUCCUACAUGAGAGUCAUCUCCCAUGGAGGCUACUAUAGCAACGGAGUGAAUGCCAUCAUAGUGUUUGCUGCCUGCUUCCUGCCAGACAGUGACAGAGAGGACUACCACGAAAUAAUGGAGAACCUCUUCCUCUAUGUGAUCAGUACUCUGGAGCUGAUGGUGGCGGAGGACUACAUGAUCGUGUACCUGAAUGGAGCCACACCCCACAGGAGAAUGCCUGGCCUUGGUUGGCUGAAGAAAUGCUAUCAGAUGAUUGACAGAAGGCUCAGGAAGAAUUUGAAAUCCUUCAUUAUUCUCCAUCCAUCGUGGUUCAUCAGGACGAUUCUCACCGUCACCAAACCGUUCAUCAGCACCAAGUUCAGCAGUAAGAUCAAGUAUGUGAACAGUUUGGACGAACUGCACGAAUCCAUCCCCAUGGACUGCAUCCAGAUCCCAGAGUGCAUCAUUAGACUUGACAAGGAACUGAAGGAAGCAGCAGAGAACUCAAAAAGGAAUAGCUUUUUGCUGGGACUGGAUCCAACAGCAGCAGGCAGAACAGAACGGGAUGCAGCCGGCGCCGGCAGCUCUUAAACACAAGCAUACUAAACGGAUAGGUUAUCUCGAUGUUCUGAAGUCACUGUUGUUGUACGGGUGAAGCUGGAAAACAAAGUCAAAAGGCUUGUAAAGCUAGUGUGUGUGGUGUGUGUGUCUGUCAGUGUGUGUGAAUUAGACACUAGAGUUUCAUAUGAAAACGAAACUUGCAAUAGUUCCCGUUAAAACUCAAGAGUUGGAUCUCAUUCUUUACGGCUGUAGCUGUAGCUUCUACUGUACCUUAACUCUGGCAAUCCAGAGCACUAGACAUGCUUGGCAGCAGCUACGGAGUAGCAUUGCUGGUCACGGUAGGGAGUAGGAAAGCAAUUACACACCAGACGUACACUGCACAAAUCCAUUUGUAGAGUCUAUCGUGUUGUAGUUGUGUGCAUGAGAAGCAGUGAAGCAAUAAUAUCACCCGUAGCUGGUCACACACUCAGUAUUUCAGAUAAAGCAAUCUACAGUAAAAUCACAUUGUGUGCACAAAAAAAUCCUUGUGCCAUUUGAAAAAAGAAAGCCUUGUGCCAUAGACGACCAACUCCUGCAUUUAAGCAAUCCACUCCUUAAUUUUUGUUUUAAAACUGGGGGGAAACAAAUCUAUAAAAAGCUAUUUGACCGUCAGAGUAUCUGAAACCUAAGAGGAAUAAGUUAAAUAUGAAACCAAGUUAUCAGCGCGGUGUCAGAGCAUGUCUUAUUAGCUCUGCAAGCGUGUGUGUAUUUAAUGACUUUCAGAUACAUAGACUGGGAAUCAUCUCUUCAGUUUCUCGUAUAUCAUUAAGAAUAAACCACAGUAAAUUAAAGAUGGGAUUUCCGUAAAGCACUAUCUUGUCCACACGCAUGUGUGUGUGUUUGUGCAUGUCCCCUCAUAGUGGUCCUCUUACUCAUGAGUCUUCAGUGGUGUAUUGAGGAUGUGCAAAGAAAUUAUGGAUCACUGUUUAGUAAUUCAAAUAAAUGGACUGAAAUCUAAACGUCA